UUGGGCCCCGGAAGUCACAAGGGAAGGACUCCAGUGGACGAGGACGACCGCAUCGCCAAGCGGCACGACGAGGCGUACGAAAAAGUGCAAAGCGAUUCCGACGUGUUUGCAGCCGACCAGGCAUCUACAAAGGAGUUUUUCGGCGACUUUCUAUCGACAGGCAAUUGGCACUCUGCCUUGGGCGCAGCCGGUUUGGGUGCGAAGAACUUGGUCGAGGAGCACGUACUAGGCCGCAGUCUAUAUGGAAUGCCAACCGGACGGAAGCGUGCAAAUAACUGGGACGCAAAUCCUACAGCACCAAAACGAGCCAACGAGCAAAUGCCCUCGGAGGAGGCAGCGGACGCCCCCGCAACACCUGGGGGAGCAGGUGCUGGAAGUGACCAUCCGUCUUCAUCCGAGCGGGUUCAGCAGAUUUUGCGAGUACCUCGCGACCACGGAGUGGUCUCAGUGUUCCUGACAGCAAGAUUGUCACCACUUGGGGCUACUCUAUGCUAAAGACCUCGCUUAAGUAUGACAAGGAAAAAACGUUUCCCGGUAUCGUAACAAGUCUGUCACGUUUACCCGUUGACCGCCCUUACCUUUACAUUCCUCACGGCACUUACUUGAACUUUCCGGUACACACAAAGGCACUGCAGUGCUCUGUGAAGGUGACUCCUCAUGGCUUGCGUACCCCUUGGAAGACGGGCUCUUCGGUCGUGCAGCCAGUCAAUUCGGAUAUGCUGGUUUAUGGCCUCGCUUCGGUUGGCUUAAACCAUCACAUGGACACAGCCUUGUGCCGCAUCACGCAUGGGGCACCACAGAACUCUAUGAAGCCCCAAACUAUUCGGCCAUUUACAGCACAAGACCACGCCGAUUUGGCCAAGAGCUACUGGGGUCUUAAUUUAGACCCGGCAAUAGAAUCACAACUAACGGACGAUACCGACAACAUCCCAACAAGCAUGGGCGCACCCCGCCACAACUUUGCCUACAACUUUCUUCACAUUGAAAACACUUCACCCCGCUUGACUAAAUUUGUCAAUCAGUUUCCGUUCAAGGCUCAAGUGGGCACUCCGAUACUAAACUACGAGCACCAGUUUACCAACGCCUGGCUUCGCAUGGGUCCUACUUAUACUGCUGGCAACGAACUACUCACUCAUUCACAACUUGGUCUACCCGCAGACGUGGCAACUUACACAACUAGCAACCUCUCUCACGUCGAAGCUAACCCUCAGGAUCCCGAGGACAACAUUGUAAUGCGUUUCCGGCCAGACGAUUUUAACAAGAGACACAUCAAAUAUCUCGAUCCCCUAGAAAAGUCUUCGUAUCGCCGAGGUCUCGCGCCCAUGUCACUCGAUGCUAUUCAACCGAGUCUCGGCUUUGGCAUUAUGGCUGUAUCCAAGUCAAACAAAGAUGACCUUGGCAGCACUGACAAGUUUCAGGAUGUCACUGCAUUCUUUCAAGUCGACACGGAACUUGUAGUACACAGUAACAUAGACACUAUUGCAAGCAACAAGGUAAUGCUACCCUCUAGUGCCGGUCCAUACCUGCGCCACACGCGCAAACACAUCAAGACGAAUCCCAGCGGUCUGUCACGCCAUGGUCGCCCUGCCCACCUGACCAACACGGCCGAAGACAUUGCCAACUACGAGGCAGAAAUUGUGCGCCUUGCAGCCGAGCAACGGGGCGAACCCGUCGCCAACCAUGCUCCCAAUCUGCGCCCUGCACGAUCAUUGACUGUACCAUUUCCGCCAAAAUAAAAUAUUUUUUAUUCCUCUUGUCUUGCUAUAUAUCUUUCAUAUACAUCGAGUGGCAUGUCUUCGACACGUUCAUUCAAAAAUUCCUCUUCUUGGAUAUAUCUUUCUAUUAUAUCCAUUUCUUCCUCCAUUUCUUCUUCGUCCAUUAGUUCUUCAUAAUACAGCGGUAGUAAUAUGGCGCGAAAAUUGAAAGGAUUUGCGCCCUCUUGUGGCAACGUCGCUUCAUCUCCUUCAGCUGGAACCAUUUCUGAAUCCUCCUCUUCUGGCUGCAUAUACACAAUUGUAGUUGUAGUUGUCGUCGUUUUAACUCUGAGAGUGUUUAAAAUAUACUAUAUGUAUCUUUUUCUGAUGUCUUGGAUGCUGUCUUGGAACUGCUAAACUUUCAGUUUGACGACA